UCAAACCCGAUCCGACCGGUCUGUCAAAUGACCGGGUCUAUCCGCGCCCUCUCUUUAGUCUCCAGAACCUGCGUCCGGCCUCUUCGUUUCCGAUCGAGAGAGGACGGUCUCGUCGAAUCACCAAACCCUAGGUUCCCAGGCGACCUUUUCCCAGCCGCUCGAUAUUCCCAGAGAAAAAAGCCCCGCUGCCGCCGGCGACUUCCAGUGAGUCGGUCAUCGCUCGCCGCCUUCCAGUUCACUCAAGCCUGCCGCUGUGGUUGUCACCGUCGAGAUCCAGCCGUCGCUGCCCAGCUGCCUCCCUCAGGCAUGGGCCUCUGGACGUUACUCGAGGGACUUUUGCUCCUUGCAAAUGCAUUGGCAAUACUGAACGAGGAUAGGUUCCUUGCUCCUAAGGGUUGGAGCUUCAAUGAAGUUUCAGGAGGUGCCAGAGCCAAGUCAUUGAAGGGGCAGCUAAUUGGGCUCAUCUAUGCAACCCAGUAUCUUCGAGUUCCACUGAUAAUUCUCAACGCGAUCAUUAUUGUGGUGAAGCUGGUUUCAGGUUAACAUGUAACCUGUCAAGAAAUUCUUGCAACAACAAUUCGUGUGCCUUUGUUGCCUUGCUUUCGUUGUUGCUGUUUCUGGCUCCUCAGUGACUUCAUGGGCACCACAAAGCCGUGGGUCAUUUUACAGAAUUGUUGUUGGAAUAUUGAGGGAGAUGGGAAAACACUAGUCUGAUUUCAGCUCAUCAGUAAGUGAAUACUUGGCUUGUCCCAACUAGAUACAUACAAACUAUGCACUAAAUAAGAUGCUGUUUUUUCUGUGUGAA